AUGCCGGAAGAUGUAUAUCGAAGCGGUGCGUUUCUACUUCCGUGUUUUAAUCCACGGGCUCGCUUUUACAACUGGGAUGGUACUGAUCCACGGUACGGAGGAGAAUCUCAGCCCAUAGGCGCCAACCACCCCGCCGGGCACGGACAGGGUGACGAGGAACCCGUAGCGCUAGGGGAGCCGGUGGACGCGCUAAUAGAAGCGGAGACGCAGAUCUACACCGGCUCACCGGACCUCGGGACAGAAACUCCUGCGACGGAGGAGGACCUGAGCUCCCUUCGGCCUGCCAAUGACAAAACAACGUCGGAGUUCCGCGGCGGACGAAUCGCGGCACACGAGAACGAUCCUCAUCCGAGCCGUCCCACGAACCGCCUUACUGGUGUUGCAACGGGGCGCGUAAACCCUUGUGUGGUGGGCGAAAAGCAAGAAGUGGGAGGCACGAGGGUCGACGGCCAGUAUCGUCCUGUCGAAAAGUCACCUAAGCCGGUGGCGACGGACAAUGCAGUUCCUAAGGUAGUAGCGUCGAGCGCUAACGAUGAGGACAUCGGCAAGAAAAAGGACGUCGUUCGUGGCGAUGUUUUUGAGCCAACAUCACCCCUCGCUGCCUCAUUGCCGGUGCCCACAGGUCCAAAUCGCAAUCAUGACCCCGUGACCGGGGCCACGCUAGGAGUCGGCGGAGGGAUGCUAUCCGACACACGGGACGAACAAGCGGAGCAGAAAGGGGGGGCGGCAUCGAUGGCCGGUCUGGGCCAUGGUGACGUAAUAGACCGCAACGCAACCAAGCUCAAGGAUGAGGACAACGGGCAGGCCGAGCCAGGAGUAACGCCACGCGCAGCGUCACUGGGCCACGAUGGACACCCGCAUUCCGGUGCCAUGGCAGCUGCCGCCAGGCUGCCAAACUUCGAAACGGCUAUCUCGUUCAUCGAUGUGGUAGAGCGGCUGCUGCCCAUUCCCUCUACUAUCCGCCUAGCCACGGAAGGAACCAACGAUGCGAGGGAGGCAGCCAUCAUGGGAGUACCGAUCAGAGCCCGGGCUCGUGUGGAUGCACUGGCUCGAGCUGGGAACGGGGACCCCUCAGAGGUGGAUAUGUGGCAUUCAUAUCGGGACCUCGAACGGUUCGAGGAAGAAUACCUGUCAUAUGGCGACGAAUGGGAGAUACGCGUGUUGGAGCUGCAGGAGGGGCUGGGCGCGGUGACGUUUCGGUUGCGGCCGCUCGUUUGUGUGAGUUUUGCGGCACAGAGUGAUGCGACCCAUCUGACAUUUAAUGGGAGGCAGCUGGCUCACCCGAUGAUGUUCUCGCUGGACAACAUUCCCGAGGCCAGCCGAUGGCUGGAAGGUGGCGUGGAGAUGGUAGCACUCUUCCCCCCGCUACCCGCAGCCUUGACACCUGAGCAGAAGACGGAGCUCAUGCACGAGAUGCUGCGGCUGGUACUAGGGCCUCUCAUGCGGGCAUCAUCAGUCGAGAGCCAGUGCGAGGCCGUCAUGGCAGUGACGCCACCGUCUCUUCUCCGGCAUCCGGACCCAUCGGCAUACUUUGGGACGGUGUCCCAGUACGCCGCAUGGGAGCACCGGGCCAUGAUGCAGAUUGUCCCGCUAGUCGCUCACCUGCCUGGCCACGAGGACAUUGCCCGCGUGGUCAUCCUCUUCAACGAGUGGUACCGCGCGUAUUUCCGCGUGGCGUAUCACACGGAGGCGUCUCUUCAAGAUGCAACGAGGAAGACCCUUGUGCCACUCCCUCCAAUGCCACUCGCAGCGACAGGUUCUCAUACCACUGCAGCAGACGCCCCUGCCUCUAAUGCCCUUUCCUCCCCCGCGGUGGACUUUCAUGCAAGUGACUCUCUUGCUGCGCACUCUCAUGCCCCUGCCCCUGCCCGCAUAUCAUGCCCCAGCCUUAGAUGCUCCGCACAAUUACGCCCUUGCAGCAUCUGCUCCUCCCAGCUAAUGCACAUGCCCCUCAUGCCACUGCCCUGCAUCGCCAUACCUCUCACGCGUUGCUGUACGAUGCUGCGCAGGUUGGUCGCGGAGCUGAAGCUCGUCUUCCCCAAGCAGUCGUCGCAGUGGCGGCUGCCGAAGGUGCAUCUUCUCCGGCACCUUCCGCAUGCCAUCAGGAUGCAUGGCAUCCCGUCGGAGCAAUCGACCAACACCUACGAGGCCAUGCAUAAGCGAUGCUGCAAAUGGCCUGCACGGAACUCGAACUGGCGGGACGUGGGCAGAGACAUUGCGGUUCGCCACGCACGCAACGAGGCAAUCAGGGGCCUGGGUCGGGAAGAGGGGGGUAGGACGUACGAGACGGCCAUGCGCACGGCGGUGAAUCACAACACCCGGGUGCUGACCCGACGUUCACGGCGCAUGGCAGUGGGGGAUGCGCAGGACCCGGUCUGGGCGGAAUACGGCGCCGCGCUGGGCAGCGUCGUGAUGGAUGGGAUCGCAUGGGUGAUGCAGCGUGUGGGGAUCGCUGCGUCAGGCGUGCAGGUGAUGCCUCGGCACAUGGUGAAGGCAGCGCCGGGUGAAGGGAAGUUCAGCUACGUGUCGAUUGAUGGGGGGGAAGGCGAGUGGUAUGCACGGUGCCUCAUGCUCUUCCAUUUCAUGGACGACGAGGCCCAGAUUCACAGGCGCGCCGUGGUGCGGUACUUCGACGAGCAUCCCACUCCAUGCCCCGUGACGGGAUGCGUGAGGCUCUUGCCAACGGAGGGAGAGGAUGAGUAUGCCGUUGUCGAGGUGGAGAGCAUUCUGUCCCUUGCCCACAUUGUCCCGUGUUUCACAGAGCCCCGGUUCUCUUUGGUGAAUCGGUUCCUGUUUGAUGAGUGA